AUGUCGUGGAACGAUCAGCUUGUUACACUUAAGACACAGUCCUCUGGCUGCGCUAUCAUCACACAGCAGGGUUCUCUUUGCGCUUCCGAGGGUGCUUGGAAGGCUAAGCAAGAUGAAAUCAUGAAGUACAUCACAUACUUCCAGGAACCAUCCCCAGCUCUUGCUGGUUUCUUCUAUGGUGGCGAGAAGUACGUCUGCAACCAGGCUAACACUGAAAUGGUCUUCGCUAUGAAGGGCAAGCAGGCUGUCGUCCUCCAGAAGACAAAGACACUCAUCGUUGCUGGCUACACAGAUGGUGCCUUCGUUCCAGCAGCUCUUUCUGCUAAUGUUGCUAAGGUCGCCCAGUACCUCUCCUCAUCCAACCUUUAA